AUGUAUAAAGCCAAGGAACAUGUAACAAUUAGUGCUGUGCUACAAAAAAUUAAAGACAAGGAACUGUGUGAUAUUAGUUUAACAAGUUUGUGGAGAGUGCUGAAACAUUUAGGUUUUCGAUAUAAAAAGACAAAUAAUAGACAAUUAUUGUGUGAACUCUCUAAUGUUGUUUCAAAACGGUGGCAUUUUUUAAGAAAAUAUAUGUAUAUGUCUGAUAGUCCGAGGCAAGUUGUAUUUUUAGAUGAAACUUGGAUUCUCGCUAAAGGAAAUAUGUCAAAAUCAUCCUGGCAAGAUGACACCAAGAAAUGUUAUUCUUCUAAUCGUUCCGGUAAUGGUAAACGCUACAUUAUACUUCAUGAUGGAAAUGAUGAGGGUUUUAUUCCGGACGCUAGUUUAAGUUUUUCGUCCACAAAGAAUACAGGUGAUUACCAUGGAAAUAUGGAUGCAAAUAUUUUUGAAGAAUGGUUUGAAGAAAAUUUGUUGAAAAAAUUGGAGCAACCAUCCAUAAUAGGGUUGGAUAAUGCAUCCUACCACUCCAGAGUAGAAAAGAGAUUUCCUUCAAGCAGCUGGACCAAAGAAGAAAUACAGUUGUGGUUGACAGAAAAGAAAAUUUAUCACAGUGACAUAUUUUUAAAAGUUGAUUUACUUCAAAGGUGUGGAGAGCACAAAAUUCAAAAGAAAUUUGUUACUAACCAAAUGGCUCUUAAAUAUGGAGAUGAAGUUCUUCGACUUCCGCCCUACCAUUGCCACUAUAAUGCAAUUGAGUUAGUUUGGGAUAUAGCCAAAAAUUUUUAUGAUAAACAUGCAUCCAAAACAACAGAUGACGCUAGCGUUCUUAGUUUAUGGAAAGAAUCGCUAGAACAAAUAAAAGCAGUACAAUGGCAAAAUUGUAUUCUUCUUCUUCUACGGCACUACAGCCCAAAUUGA